AUGAACAAAGAAACAUUAUUGUUGGUUCUAAAUAAUGUUGUUUUACAAAAAAAUAUAUUCAGACAAGUUAAAGAGAUAAAUCAAUUUGAAACAGGUUCUAGUUUCAGUUGGAGAAUCUUUCGAAGAAAUCCACGUUUAUUGACCAAUUACAAGUAUUUCGAUCUUCUCAAGAGAUUCUUUGAGGAGAGUAAGGAUUUCCUUGUUCGUAAUUCAGAUGGCGAGACACUUCUUCAAUAUGAUUCGAUAUUCAUUAAUCUUGCCAAGAUUGGAAGAUUGGAAGAUCUAAAGUACCUAUGGGAGUUGUUCGACAUCAACAAUAGAAGAAUAGCUAAGCAUAUCAGUAAGCACUAUGAGUUUUCAUCGUUUCAAGAGAUCUUUAGAAAUGCAGUUGAAAACAAUCAUAUGGAAGUGGUAAAGUUUCUGAUGGAUCCAGCUAUCAAGUUCCCAUGGAGUUAUGAAUCUGCACUAGUCAUAUCACCGAAAUCCAAGAGUUUAGAGAUGGUUCAAUAUCUAUCCAAGUUGUUCGACCAGCACAACCGAGAUUUCAAAAAAGUACCAAAGGUAUAUGAUGAAGCAGCCAAAGUCGGAAGAGUGGACAUCAUUGAAUGGUUAAUUCAAAACAGACCUCAAGACAGAGAAGGAAACAAUAUGUACGAUGGUGCAAUCAGCAACAAGCAUAUACAUGUCGUUCAAUUUCUAUUGGGUGCUGGAUCAAAGUACGACAACACUUCUGGAAAUCUUCAUGGUUUUGCAGCAAAUGUUGGACAAUUUGAAAUGCUCAAGCUCUUUCACCAGAAAGUAAGUUACAACAGAUAUUUCUCUGUCCAAGUUGCAAUUACAGGUGCAGUUAGAUGUAACAAUCUUGAAAUGUUGAUCUGGAUUUCAAAGAAUUACGAUUCAAAACAGCUUGUUUACCCCUUAAAUUUAAUUGAAAUAGCGGUGGAAAACAAUAAUUUAGAAAUGGUCAAAUGGUUAACAGAGAAUACCCCAGCAAUGACAACUCACAAAGCAAUGGAUUCAGCUGCAUCCAAUAACAAUCUUGAAAUCGUUAAAUACCUACACACCAAUCGAAGUGAAGGAUGUUCAAGUGUUGCAUUCGAUUUCUCAAUUGGUAAAGGUAAUAUGGAUGUUUUCAAUUGGCUUGUCGAGAAUCGUACUGAACAACCACAAUGCACUUUCAGAGCGAUGGAUGUGGCAGCAGAGGGUGGCCAUUUGGAACAAAUUAAAUGGUUACAUGAGAAUCGCAGUGAAGGAUGUUCAACCGAUGCUAUGGACAGGUCCGCUCGAUUCGGUCAUUUGGCGGUCUUGAAAUGGCUGCAUGAGAAUCGCACUGAAGGAUGUUCAUCUAGGAUCCUUGAUUAUACUGAUGAUUUCGGAAUAGCCAAAUGGAUCUGUGAGAAUAGAACAGAGGAAUUCUCUGCCUCGGACCUCAUCCUUAACUUGCUUGGCCAACCUGGAAGUUUUGAAGCAAUCAAAUGGAUCUGUGAAAACACCGAUGUCGAGUGUCCGGAAAACACAGUUGAACAAGCACUGGCCAACGAUGACAUGGAGGUUGCUGAAUGGAUGAUUAUCAACAGAAGUGAAUUCAAUAAUGGUGAAUGGAGAAUCGAUAGUGACAGUAUUCUUAAGUUGAUUGAAUACGAUCAAUGCAAAGCAAUUGCUUAUAUUCUGGAGCAUAACCUUCAUGAGGCCACCAAAGAUGAACUCAACGAAUUCCAAUCAAAGGUUAAAGAUGAAUAUCCAGAAUCUCUCGAAUUACUCAAGAUAUUCAGCGAUCAUAAGACAAAAAAUUCCAAUGCACUCGUACAAUUCGUUUCACAAGAUUUUGUAACUGGCACCAAUACGAGACCACAUGAAGAAUCAAUGCAGUUUGAAUCUGUUGAAUAUCGAAAGGAUAAGUCAACACAUUAUGGAGCUGAAUGGUUUUGGUCAGAUCGUAUCAUUCAUCAAGAAGUACCUUCUUGCAAAGCCAGAGGAAACAAUCACUUUAGUGCAAUAUCAAAGAGUACUUCAAAAGAUGGAGGAGAAGAAAGAGAAAAAAUGGAAAAGGCCACUCUAAUUUUACAUUCUAACAACAUAUAUACCCAAUCUGAUAGUUUCAAUCAUAUUGAUACGUGUAAUCAAUAA